GUCCACCUGCGCUGCCCCUGCGGGCCCGUCACUGCCUUUGUGCCCUGGGAUGGCCGCCGCAGUGGCAACCCUGUCCGCUUCCACAGUGUGCCCGCCUUCGCUGUCACUACAGACUUGGCCAUCGACGUCCCUGGUUACGGGAAGGUGGUGGUUGACAUCGGCUAUGGUGGUACUUUCUAUGCCUUCCUCAGCGCUGAGCAGCUGGGCCUUGAUGUGUGCUCUUCAAAAACCAGAGACCUUGUCAAUGCGGCGAGCGCGGUGACAGAAGCAGUGAAGAAACAGUUCAAGCUUCAUCACCCUGAAAGCGAAGACCUGGCUUUUCUCUAUGGCACCAUACUGACCGAUGGGAAAGAUGCCUUUAGUGAGGAGCCCACUACCAACAUCUGUGUGUUUGCAGAUGAACAGGUUGACCGAAGUCCAACAGGAUCGGGUGUGACAGCUCGCAUCGCCUUGCAGUACCAUAAGGGACUCAUCCAGCUGAAUCAGACCAGAACCUUUCGGAGCAGCACCACGGGGUCCUUGUUCACCGGGAAGGCAGUGAAGGAAGCCAAGUUGGGUGACUACAACGCUGUUGUUGUGGAAGUCUCAGGAGAAGCCUUUUACAUUGGUACGGCCACCUUCACCGUUGAAGAGGAGGACCCGCUGAAAUACGGCUUCUUCUUCAAGUGACCCAAGCCACGGUGCAGUGGCAAAGUUUCACUGAUGGUUCUGCACUUCUCCUACCCAUGCAUUUCUGUUCUGCUUCUCCACAUGGCUCAUUGCAAUAUGCCAGAGCAACAGGA